AUGGAGGAGGAGGAGGAAGAGGAGGAGGAGGCCGCGGUAAGCAAGGAAGGAACUCUGGCAAUUAUGAGCAGAGGAGAGAUCAUCUUCCAGGGUUGGCUGAGAAAGUCACCACCCGAGAAAAAACUCAGGAGAUAUGCCUGGAAGAAGCGUUGGUUUAUUCUCCGCAGCGGGCGAAUGAGCGGAGACCCGGACGUGUUGGAGUACUACAAGAAUGACCACUCCAAGAAGCUGAUUUCACAGCUUCUUGGACACAGACAGGUGUCAAUGAAAACAUGGGGGUAG